AGAUUGGAUCUGAAACAGCUGCAAACAGAACCGGGCCUCACCUCCAGAACUCUGGACUGCAGGUUCUGAGGUUGGAAAGUUGUGUCAGGCCAGCAUAUUUAUCCGGUGACUACAUAUCCCACAAUCCCCGGGGGAUUUAUGAAGUUUUGUGUCCCUCCCUCUAAAGAAAAGUUUUGGGGGGGUCAUCAUUUCAGUGCAGGACGCGGCGCUGGCAGUCUGUGCUGGUCUGGACCUUCGUGUAGAGCCGGUUCUGGUCCAGACAUGCUUGCAGAGCUGCUGGUUGCCGUGGUGACCGGUGGACUGAUUCUCUUCCUGGUUCAGAAGAGCAGGAGCCAGGUUCUGAAGGCAGAAGAUGGCUGGUGGGGGCCCGGAGCACGUCCUGAUGCAGAGGAGGAUGACUCCCUACGUCCGUUUGAAGUCAGGACGAGUGAUGAAGAGCUGGAGGACCUCUACAGCCGGAUGGACCGGACCCGUCCGGUUCCUUCUUUAGAGGACUGCCAGUUCCACUACGGCUUCAACUCCCAGCACCUCCAGGAUGUGGUCUCCUACUGGAGAAAGGACUUUGACUGGAGGAGACAAGUCCACAGACUCAACCAGUAUCCUCACUUCAGGACCAGGAUUGAAGGCAUUGACGUGCAUUACGUGCAUGUGAAGCCCAAGAGUCUGGCAGAGGGAGCCACGGUGGUUCCUAUAAUCCUGGUCCACGGCUGGCCUGGGUCCUUCUACGAGUUCUACGGGCUGAUCCCUCUGCUGACAGAACCGCAGGACCCGGAGAACCCGGUCUUUGAGGUGGUAUGUCCCUCAAUUCCGGGAUACGGCUUCUCUGAGGCACCGCACAAGAAAGGGUUUGACACCGUUUGCGCAGCGAACAUCUUCCAUAAGCUGAUGAAGCGCCUGGGCUUCCAGUGGUUCUUUGCUCAUGGGGGGGACUGGGGAUGGCAGAUCACCACCAACAUGGCUCAGCUGGACCCCGGGAGUGUCAGAGGCCUUCAUUUGAGCUUUGCCCCCGCGUCUAGACCCGGGCUGGUCAUGGCUUUGUCCCUGAUGUUUGGCCGUCUUUUCCCAAAACUGUUCGGCUUAACGGACACCGACCUGCUGCGUCUGUAUCCGUGCACGGACAAGCUGCUAGAUUCCAUGAAGGAGUCCGGAUACUUGCACAUCCAGGCCACCAAACCGGACACUGCCGGUCGAGCGCUGAACGACUCUCCUGUGGGUCUGGCCGCCUAUGUCCUGGAAAAGUUCUCCACAUGGACGAACCAGGACUUUAGAAACCUGGAGGACGGAGGUCUCACCAGGAAGUUCUCCCUGGAUGACCUGCUGACCAAUGUGAUGAUCUACUGGACGUCUGGAUGCAUCACCUCCUCCAUGAGGUUCUACAAGGAAAACUUUGGCAAAGGUCUGGACCAGCCCCACUCCAGGAUCCCGGUGAACGUUCCCACCGGUUUCGCCUGCUUCCCCAACGACUUGAUGCAUUCCCCAAAGCUGUGGGUCAAACAGAAGUACAGGAACCUAAUCCACUACAGCCCCAUGCCGCGUGGGGGGCACUUUGCCGCCAUGGAGGAACCCCAGCUGAUGGCCAAGGACAUCCAGGAGUUCACCAAGACUGUCCAGAAAAAGAUUAAUCAGUAGGGGGGGUUAG